UGUUCAGAAAAUAACUUUCAACUUAUUCAAGGAGACGCUGCUCAUGGCUCUCGAUAAUUUUAGAAAAGUUUUUCAUAUGGUUGGAAAUUUAGAACGGAAGGAAACGAAUGAACAAUAUGAACAAUGAAUGAAUUCCUUCUUACUGAACUUCUAUGUCAAGAAUGCAUCUAACUGCUGAUAAAAAUAUUUCUGGUUUGCUUUCAAUUCAUGAGCCGUACAUGGUGGUGUUGAUGGAAAAAUUAUUAUCAUAUCGCAUGUUGGAAAAACAACCCAAUUGGCAUUUAACCAUCCAUAUUUUAAUCCAUCUUUUUAUCUCAUCCCAAGCUUUUAAAGCAUUUGAGAGACUAUAAAAAAUAUUAAAAGAUAAACCUAGAAAGUAUUUAUGAUCUUUAUGAAAUAAUUUGAUAACGGAUUCUUAUCCUAUUGUUAUAAAAAAUGAUUUAAAGACAAA